UCGGGGGCAGCUCGUGCAAGGUGGUCACGCAACCCCGGGUGAGCAGCAGCAGCAACAGAGCAGCAGCAGGUUUGGGGCGGCGGCUCUGCAGCGGCUUUUGGGCGCUGGGGUUCGAGUCCCGCCGGAGGCUCUCGGAGCCCAGCCGGGCCCGGCGGCUAUGGCGGGCACCCUGGACCUGGACAAGGGCUGCACCGUGGAGGAGCUGCUUCGGGGCUGCAUCGAAGCCUUCGAUGACUCCGGGAAGGUGCGGGACCCGCAACUGGUGCGCAUGUUUCUCAUGAUGCACCCCUGGUACAUCCCUUCCUCUCAGCUGGCGGCCAAACUGCUCCAUAUUUACCAGCAGUCCCGGAAGGACAACUCCAGUUCGCUGCAGGUGAAAACUUGCCACCUGGUCAGGUACUGGAUCUCAGCUUUCCCGGCUGAGUUUGACUUGAACCCGGAGCUGGCCGAGCAGAUCAAGGAGCUGAAGGCGCUGCUGGACCAGGAAGGGAACCGGAGGCACAGCAGCCUCAUUGACAUUGAGAACGUUCCCACAUACAAAUGGAAGCGGCAGGUGACACAGCGGAACCCCACGGCCCAGAAGAAGAGCAAGAUGUCUUUGCUCUUUGACCACCUGGAGGCGCUGGAGCUGGCAGAACACCUCACCUACUUGGAGUAUCGCUCUUUCUGCAAGAUACUGUUCCAGGACUAUCACAGUUUUGUGACUCAUGGCUGCACCGUGGACAACCCCGUACUGGAGCGUUUCAUCUCCCUGUUCAACAGCGUCUCCCAGUGGGUGCAGCUCAUGAUCCUUAGCAAGCCCACCGCCCCCCAGCGUGCCCUGGUCAUCACCCACUUCGUCCAUGUGGCAGAGAAACUGCUGCAGCUGCAGAACUUCAACACGCUGAUGGCAGUGGUCGGGGGCCUGAGUCACAGCUCCAUCUCCCGCCUCAAGGAGACACACAGCCACGUCAGCGCCGAGACCAUAAAGCUGUGGGAAGGCCUGACGGAAUUGGUGACAGCCACGGGCAACUACGGCAACUACCGGCGCCGACUGGCAGCGUGUGUGGGCUUCCGCUUCCCCAUCCUGGGCGUGCACCUCAAAGACCUGGUGGCCCUGCAGCUGGCCCUGCCCGACUGGCUGGACCCCGCGCACACUCGUCUCAACGGGGCCAAGAUGAAGCAGUUGUUCAGUAUCCUAGAGCAGUUGGCCAUGGUGACCAGCCUGCGGCCGCCAGUGCAAGCCAACCCCGACCUGCUGAGUCUGCUCACGGUCUCUCUGGACCAGUACCAGACGGAGGAUGAGCUCUACCAGUUGUCCCUGCAGCGAGAACCCCGCUCCAAGUCCUCGCCAACCAGCCCCACAAGCUGCACCCCUCCUCCACGGCCCCCCGUGCUAGAAGAGUGGACUUCAGCUGCCAAACCCAAGCUGGACCAGGCCCUCCUGGUGGAGCACAUUGAGAAGAUGGUGGAGUCUGUGUUCCGGAAUUUUGAUGUUGAUGGGGACGGUCACAUCUCCCAGGAAGAGUUCCAGAUCAUCCGUGGGAACUUCCCUUACCUCAGCGCCUUUGGGGACCUCGACCAGAACCAGGACGGCUGCAUCAGCAGGGAGGAGAUGAUCUCCUACUUCCUGCGCUCCAGCUCGGUGCUGGGCGGCCGCAUGGGCUUCGUGCACAACUUCCAGGAGAGCAAUUCCCUGCGCCCCGUCGCCUGCCGUCACUGCAAGGCCCUGAUCCUGGGCAUCUACAAGCAGGGCCUCAAGUGCCGAGCCUGUGGUGUGACCUGCCAUAAGCAAUGCAAGGAUCACCUGUCCGUGGAGUGCAGGCGGCGGGCCCAGAGUGUGAGUCUGGAGGGAUCGGCGCCCUCCCCGUCCCCCACACACUCCCACCAUCGGGCCUUCAGCUUCUCGCUGCCCCGCCCCGGCAGGCGAGGCUCCAGGCCUCCAGAGAUCCGAGAGGAGGAGGUGCAGGCGGUGGAAGAUGGGGUAUUCGACAUCCACUUGUAAUCUCUGCUAUGACUGGAUCCAGCACUCAGCGUUGGAGGAAGGACUGGAUGGACCCUGAGCAGGGAGCCAGGGUGUUG